AUGUGUGGCUGCAGAGCAAGUGUUCCCAGUACAAAGCAGUACUCAGUCAGCCAGCCAGCUCCUGCUUCCACCAAAAAAAGCCCUUUGGCUGCAGCAGGCAUGCCCAAGCGCAUACCUAUAGCCAAGCAGCUGGCAUCGAUAAAAGCUCUAGGAAAAGGCUCAGACCUUGAAAAAGCUUUUGCUACAGCGGCUUUGGUGUAUAACAACUCUGCUGACCCCGAGGGCAAGCUCAGCAAAGCUGAAACCAAAAGCUUACUGCAAACCCAGUUUUGGGGAUUCAUACAGGGCCAAGAAAACAAACCAAAAUAUCAGGAAAUAAUUUCUGCCCUGGAUGAGGAGUCAGAGAACAAACUUGAUUUUGAAGAUUUCAUGAUCUUGUUAGUCAGUCUCACUCUAAUGUCUGAUCUGCUGCAGGAGAUCAAAAAAGUGAAAACCACAAAAUGACCAGUGUUUUAGAAGAAGAAAUGUCUUGGCACUUUAUAAGGAAAGCAGGAGAAAACCACACACAGAGAUAACACCAAGUGCCUGGAUACCUUGUGCUGGUCCCUUUUAAAUGGAAUAAAUUCUUGUCCAAA